AAAUAUUCACCACUUUUAUUCCUAGCCAAGGUUUUCCUUUUUAGAUGAAGAGGACUGAGAGGCAGGGCCAUUGGAAGGAGAUGCUGAAUAGAAAGAAAAGAGAGGCACUUGACAGCCCAGCCCUGUGAAUGCAGAGACUGUUUCCCUUCUAGCGAGAGACAGGGAGUGUGUGUGUGCUAGAACUGGGAGGGUGGCUCCCCCUUCCUUUUUAUUCCGCCUCCCCCUCCCCCCUUCAAAUCUGCACAUCCAACCAUGAGUUGCCUGUUGAUUUCCUUUCGCCUGGGAAGAAAAGCAAACUGGAAUUAAACUGCAUGGAGAGAAGUCCUUGCUUGCGGGCAGAGGAUGGGAUGGUAGCGGCAGCUUCUGGCUUGGUUUAGGGAAAUCACAGAGUGUGUAUUCUACGAACAGAGGCGGAGAUAUAGCUGUAUAUUUUCCACUCCCAAUAGACUCACACAGCAAACGCUGAUCUGGCUGUGGUUUUCCUGACUUGGGGGAGAGCCUUUUCCGAGGAAGAGAGGGAGGAGCUUGGUGGAGGGAGGAAACUACAAAUCGGGACACUAGUUCUUUGCGCUGCAUUUCCUCCCCUCCCUUUGGCUGCUCGGAAAGGAGAGAGAGAGGGAAAAAAAAAUACGCUUGGCUGGGAGAUGCAGUCCGCCGCCGCCGCUGCCUCAGCCGGCAAUGCAAGAUUAAAUCUCUAAAUGCAGCAAAGCACUGCCUGAAAACAGACUAGCCCGCGAAGCAAGCAGACAUUGCACAGAGCUCCGGGGAAGCUUCAAAAUACCUCUGACUCUCUCUUCAUUGCUCCUCAUCCCCAUCAAUUUGAGACGAAAAAUAAGUAAGGAUUUUACUUUCAGAUCAGCCUGGAGACACACCUCCCCACUCCCUCCCCCACUAGAUGUGAAGAGUGUUCCAGAGACUAAGGGCGGGAUUUGCAGCGCCCUAGCGGGAGCUGGGAAAACCUACGGAUUCUUGAGCUCAUUAUCAUUCCUCCCGGACGCGAUUUCCUUCUCUUCGCCGGCCUCAUCGCUCAAGUUUGAGUCGCCCGAAGUCCGGGCAGGAGAGACAAAGCCCGGGGCUCGCCCCCAGCCGCAGGGAGUCGCCGCCUCUUUCGGUGGCCCUGCAGCUUCCCUGCACCGCUGCUUCUCGCCCAGUGCGGAUGCUGUAGAUCAACAGGUUCGGGGAACUUGAGCGGAAUAACGAAAGACCGCGAGUGCCGCAGCCGGGGAGCCCCGGGAAAGAAGGACCCAUAGACUUGUGGCUCGCGCCUCGCGCACGCAGCGCAGGGACCCCAAGCUGGCGCGCGCCCACCGACUCGCCUCUCCGGUCCGGCUGCUCCUGCCCCCACCCCACCGGUCUGGGAUGUACCUUUCCAUCUGUUGUUGUUUCCUCCUAUGGGCCCCUGCCCUGACGCUUAAAAACCUCAACUACUCGGUGCCAGAGGAGCAAGGGGCCGGCACGGUGAUCGGCAACAUCGGCAAAGAUGCUCGACUGCAGCCAGGGCUUCCGCCCGCAGAGCGAGGCGGCGGCGGCGGCGGCGGGCGUAGCAAGUCGGGUAGCUACCGGGUGCUGGAGAACUCCGCGCCUCACCUGCUGGACGUGGACGCCGACAGCGGGCUCCUCUAUACCAAGCAGCGCAUCGACCGCGAGUCUCUGUGCCGCCACAACGCCAAGUGCCAGCUGUCCCUCGAGGUAUUCGCCAACGACAAGGAGAUCUGCAUGAUCAAGGUGGAGAUCCAGGACAUCAACGACAAUGCGCCCUCGUUCCCCUCGGACCAGAUCGAAAUGGACAUCUCCGAGAAUGCCGCCCCUGGCACCCGCUUCCCCCUCACCAGCGCACAUGACCCGGACGCGGGCGAGAACGGGCUCCGCACCUAUCUGCUCACGCGCGACGAUCACGGCCUCUUCGCGCUGGACGUCAAGUCCCGCGGCGACGGCACCAAAUUCCCAGAGCUGGUCAUCCAGAAGGCUCUGGACCGCGAGCAGCAGAACCACCACACGUUGGUACUGACUGCCCUGGAUGGCGGCGAGCCGCCGCGCUCAGCCACCGUGCAGAUUAACGUGAAGGUGAUCGACUCUAAUGACAACAGCCCAGUCUUCGAGGCUCCAUCCUACCUAGUGGAAUUGCCUGAGAACGCCCCUCUGGGCACCGUGGUCAUUGAUCUGAACGCCACAGACGCCGACGAGGGUCCUAACGGUGAGGUGCUCUAUUCAUUUAGCAGCUAUGUGCCAGACCGCGUGCGGGAGCUCUUCUCCAUCGACCCCAAGACCGGCCUGAUCCGUGUCAAAGGCAACCUGGACUAUGAGGAGAACGGGAUGCUGGAGAUCGAUGUGCAGGCCAGAGACUUGGGGCCCAACCCCAUUCCUGCCCACUGCAAGGUCACUGUCAAGCUCAUCGACCGCAACGACAACGCGCCGUCUAUCGGUUUCGUCUCCGUGCGCCAGGGGGCGCUGAGCGAGGCCGCCCCGCCUGGCACCGUCAUCGCCCUGGUGCGGGUCACUGACCGCGAUUCGGGCAAGAACGGACAGCUGCAGUGCCGAGUCUUGGGCGGAGGAGGGACGGGCGGCGGCGGCGGCCUGAGCGGGUCCGGAGGGUCUGUGCCCUUCAAGCUUGAGGAAAAUUACGACAACUUCUACACUGUGGUGACUGACCGCCCGCUGGACCGAGAGACACAGGACGAGUACAACGUGACAAUAGUGGCGCGGGAUGGAGGCUCGCCUCCACUCAACUCCACCAAGUCUUUCGCGGUCAAGAUUCUGGACGAGAAUGACAAUCCCCCUCGUUUCACUAAAGGACUGUAUGUGCUUCAGGUGCACGAGAACAACAUUCCAGGAGAGUACCUGGGCUCCGUGCUCGCGCAAGAUCCCGACCUGGGCCAAAACGGCACCGUGUCCUACUCCAUCCUGCCUUCGCACAUUGGCGACGUGUCCAUUUACACCUACGUGUCCGUGAACCCCACCAAUGGGGCCAUAUACGCGCUGCGCUCCUUUAACUAUGAGCAGACCAAGGCUUUUGAGUUCAAAGUACUUGCCAAGGACUCGGGUGCGCCCGCUCACUUGGAGAGCAACGCUACUGUGAGGGUGACAGUGCUAGACGUGAAUGACAACGCGCCGGUGAUAGUGCUGCCCACGCUGCAGAACGACACGGCUGAGCUGCAGGUGCCGCGCAACGCUGGCUUAGGCUAUCUAGUGAGCACAGUGCGAGCCCUUGACAGCGACUUCGGCGAGAGUGGGCGCCUCACCUACGAAAUCGUAGACGGUAACGACGACCACCUGUUUGAAAUCGAUCCGUCCAGCGGCGAAAUCCGCACACUGCACCCUUUCUGGGAGGACGUGACGCCAGUGGUGGAGCUGGUAGUAAAGGUGACUGACCACGGAAAGCCCACCCUGUCCGCAGUGGCCAAACUCAUCAUCCGCUCGGUGAGCGGUUCCUUGCCUGAGGGAGUUCCCCGGGUGAACGGGGAGCAGCACCACUGGGACAUGUCGUUGCCGCUCAUCGUGACUCUUAGUACUAUCUCCAUUAUCCUCCUAGCGGCCAUGAUCACCAUCGCGGUCAAGUGCAAGCGUGAGAACAAGGAAAUCCGCACUUACAACUGCCGAAUCGCCGAAUACAGCCACCCGCAGCUGGGUGGAGGCAAGGGCAAGAAGAAGAAGAUCAAUAAAAAUGAUAUCAUGCUGGUGCAGAGCGAAGUGGAGGAGAGGAACGCCAUGAACGUCAUGAACGUGGUGAGCAGUCCUUCCCUGGCCACUUCCCCCAUGUACUUUGACUACCAGACCCGCCUGCCCCUCAGCUCGCCCCGGUCAGAGGUGAUGUAUCUCAAACCUGCCUCCAACAACCUGACUGUCCCUCAGGGGCACGCGGGCUGCCACACCAGCUUCACUGGACAAGGGACUAAUGCGAGCGAGACCCCUGCCACUCGGAUGUCCAUAAUCCAGACAGACAAUUUUCCCGCAGAGCCCAAUUACAUGGGCAGCAGGCAGCAGUUUGUUCAAAGUAGCUCCACGUUUAAGGACCCAGAAAGAGCCAGCCUGAGAGACAGUGGGCACGGGGACAGUGAUCAGGCUGACAGUGACCAAGACACUAACAAAGGCUCCUGCUGUGACAUGUCUGUUAGGGAGGCACUCAAGAUGAAAACUACUUCAACUAAAAGCCAACCACUUGAACAAGAACCGGAAGAGUGUGUUAAUUGCACAGAUGAAUGCCGAGUGCUUGGUCAUUCUGACAGGUGUUGGAUGCCACAGUUCCCUGCAGCCAAUCAGGCUGAAAAUGCAGAUUACCGCACAAAUCUCUUUGUACCCACAGUUGAAGCUAAUGUUGAGACUGAGACUUACGAAACUGUGAAUCCCACUGGGAAAAAGACUUUUUGUACAUUUGGAAAAGACAAGCGAGAGCACACUAUUCUCAUUGCCAAUGUUAAACCUUAUUUAAAAGCCAAACGUGCCCUGAGCCCUCUCCUCCAAGAGGUGCCCUCAGCAUCAAGCAGCCCGACCAAGGCAUGCAUCGAGCCUUGCACCUCAACAAAAGGCUCUCUGGAUGGGUGUGAAGCCAAACCAGGAGCCCUGGCUGAAGCAAGCAGCCAGUACUUGCCCACUGACAGUCAGUACCUGUCACCCAGUAAGCAACCAAGAGACCCUCCCUUCAUGGCUUCAGAUCAGAUGGCAAGGGUCUUCGCGGAUGUGCAUUCAAGAGCCAGCCGGGAUUCCGGUGAGAUGGGAGCUGUUCUUGAGCAGCUUGACCACCCCAGCAGGGAUCUGGGCAGAGAGUCUGUGGAUGCAGAGGAAGUCGUGAGAGAAAUUGACAAGCUUUUGCAGGACUGCCGGGGAAAUGACCCUGUGGCUGUGAGAAAGUGAGGAUAGAAAAAAGCAUUGGCAUUUUCUUGUCUCUUCUGUUGAUUUAAAAACAAUCCCUUCUGGUGACGACCCAUUUUACAGGGAUGAAGAAAGACCAAUGCUGCUUUAAGGCUUUUAGUGAACAUCUGAAGUGCCCACAAGUAUGUUCUUUUCACUGCUGUUUCUUUUUCAGAGAUAACAAUGGUUUUGUUUUGAUCAAACUUAUACUAGGACAGAAUUAAUGAUGUUCAAAGAGAAAAAAGAGAAGAAAAAAGGAGAAAAGAUAAAGGAGGAUGAGGAGGCAAGUUACCUUUUGACAAUCUGAUAGGAAGGUAUGCAGCGUGAGAACUGAAGUAUUUCUGAUCACUUUAAGACUGUCCUCCGUGAUUUAUGCUGACUUAACUGUUUACCUAUAAACCCCAUUAAAGCAGGGUCAUAAUUUGUGAUCUGUGGUGGAUUUCUAGCAGUCAUCACAGGCUUCUACUGAAAGUCCCCAAAAGACCUUGCAGUAGUCCAAGCUACACCAAACAUUAACACAUAUUUGUGGUAAACAUUUCUGUAUAAAGUUACCUGCCACACAUAUAAACACAAAGAACAUUCCAUACCAUUAGUCGAAAAAGAUUUUUAAAACUUGGUCAUCUGUAAGACACCUCAUGUCGUAUAAAAGUUAAAUGUAAAAAGAUAUAGUCCAUUUUGUCCUGCACACACACAGACUAAUUCACUUCAUUAAAAGAGAAGAAAAUGUAAAGGUUUAAAUGCCUUUUAGCAUUUUAGUGUCCUGGAAACAUACAGAUAAUGAUGGGUAGAUUUUAAAUUUGACCUAGAAAAGUUCUGAAAAAUAGUUACCAUGAGUGAUAAUAUUCAGAGAAAAUUAAUAUGUUAAUUCAUUGUGGACACUAAAAUAGCUCAGGAAAGUGAAACUGUCUUUGACAUACACAAAUCACAUGACCGUUUAAAUGUGCAAAUGUAAGAAGAUUCAAUGUGUUUACAUCAAAUGACAUAUUUUUAUUGAUUUAUUGCAGAUUCAGUGCAUAUGAGCCAAAUUGUUGAGUGUAUAAGAGCUAUAUUGUGUAUUUUAUUAAAUUAAUAUAUAGUUGUGUUGCAAAAAUAUUUGGGCUUAUAUUGUAAAUGGCAAGUGUUGCCUCGGUAGCUGUCGAACUCUAUGAGUUUUGUUUUUUUCUGCUUCCUUUUCCCCAUGGAGUGUGGGAAGCGGUGCCUCAGAGCAAAGUCUCUUGUUUAAUGUAUAGUCUACCAAGUACUACAGUACAUAAUCUGUUCAAAAUGUGUUUGAGUGAGCUGAUGGAGCUAACUGAAAGGUCAAAAAAUACAUCCAUCAGUCAUGGUUAUGUGCAAGUCCUUGUAGAAGCUUUGAUUAAAGUCAUGCUAAAUCACAAAAAUUACAUUUGUACCAAUACCUGAAACUUCUUCAUGUUUUUUUCAAUAGCAUACAGCCUCUUCCUAUACCAUGCCGUUGAUUGGUUCUCAAAGUACUUUAAGUGGUUCAAGAUGUGUGUUCCCAUUAUAUUUCCAAACCAUGAAAAAUGCUUUAAUGCAUGUGAGGUACCAACACUGGUUACGUGCAUUGUGUAGUGUUUUUCAAGAGGUCUGAGUCUUAACAAAAUGUUUUUUUUUUUCUCAGUGCUCUUCUGCCUCUUUUUAUUGGUGUCCUUUGAGAACAAUAUACCUACUAUUCCUUCAUUUAGUUGCACCUUUUCUUGUGAUAUUUAGCAAGCUUCCAUAUGAGGCUAGGAAACCUCACAUUUCAGGAAUUGGAAAAAAAUAAAAUUAGCACUUGCAGAAGUAGCAGCAGAUGGGAAAAUGCCUUGAUUGACAUUUUCCUUCAGCGUUUAAAUUUUUUGGCAUUUUACAGCUCCAUGACAAACAGUUUCCAGCCCAUACCUUAGAAAAUGUGGUGCUGAGUUAAAUAAAGGCUGUUUGUGCACUGGAGCAGAAAAAUGCAUUAUUUGCAAACUGGUGGAGAAUUCUGUGCCUUCUUUUCUGGCCACCAAGCCAGUGUAGAAACAGCAUAAAUGUCAUAAAAUCCUUAUAUUUAAAACAAAAACAAAGCAAAAACAAAUACUGAACUGAAUUAAGUUUUGUAAUUUUAAACCUCACAAAAUUCUACUGAAAGUAUUUCCGUCAAAUGCUGUCAACAUUUUAGAGUGUACCUCGUUGGCAAAACCGCUUGAAAGGGAAGAGUGGACAAUUCCCAUCAGCCUUAUUCUCUCAAGAACUGUUUUUGGUUCCUAGUAACAGCCUUUCCAAAGCUCUACUCUUGGUUUUUAUUAUUCGUAAUGUUUAAAUAAGAAAAGAAGGGAUCUUGUACAUGUGAAACCUAAUUGACUCUAUAUUUUGGACAAUUUAUGUAUCUGAAAUGUGUUGUCUCUGUUAUAUGAUGUUAUUAUUUUUCUUUUCGCCAGGAGACUACAGGUUGAUUGAGCUUGAUAGCUGAAAUUUGAUGGAAACCUGAUGUUCAUUUAGUCUUACCACAUGUUGCCUCUCUCUUACUAGACAGAUAGCCACUUAGCAAAA